GAGUAGUUCUGUAACGGUCAUUUGUAGCAGCCAUUUUGUACCAGUGUUUCAUUCCGCAUUAAACGUUAUUUUUUGCAAAACCGCAGUACUUUCAUAUUUUUACAGUCCAUUAAAGAUCGACAAACAUCUGGUCCGUCGAGGCGGAUCAAGAAGAAAAGAGAGACAACUUCGCAAGCAAAUAAGAUUGGGUCAAACUUCAUUAAGUCACCUAUCCAAGGUAGGAGGAAUUUACCUGUCCGUUAUACGUGGUAGACAGUUUAAAAUGGAUCAACUCGAGAAAUUAAAGAAAAAGCGCGCUUCGAUAAGAGCUAGUGUGACGAAAUUAAUUAGUAAAAUCGAUAGUUUAAUUGAAAGCGACGAUAGAGAGACAGAAACUCAUCUAGAAAUACUGGAUCAGUUGAGUCGAAAGGAAGAGUCAUUGAGAACCUUAAACGGGGAGAUUGAGGGUUUCAUUACUAGCCCAACUGAUUAUGACACUGAGAUAGUCAAUAGUGAAGAAUAUGAGGACAAAAUUAUAAGUUGUAAAUUUAAGAUCCAGUCUCGUAUUAAACGAUUAGAAGCAGAUUCGUCCGUGGUCACGGUGACUCAGGGCCCCGUAGUUCGAAAUAAUUCCGCUAAUAUUAAGUUGCCGGAGAUUCCUCUACCGAAAUUCUCUGGAAAAUAUGAAGAAUGGAGUAACUUUAAAAUGCAAUUUGAUAAUAUCAUUUCGUCAAACGAGCAACUGUCGGCAGAACAAAAACUACAUUAUUUGAAGGCUGCUCUCGUAGGGGAAGCUAAGAGUUUAGAAACGUUAAACGAUUCGUUUGCUUCAUUGUUUCAAGCGCUACAAGAAAGGUACGAAAAUAAGAAAUUAAUAGUAGAAACCCAUGUUAAUGCGAUUCUGGACUCUGUAAAAUUACCUUAUGAGUCAGCAAGGGGUUUGAGGAGUUUAAUUGAUAGCAUCAAUAGAAAUAUGCGAGCACUAAAAGUCCUAGGAUAUGAAAGGAAUGAGCUUUCUGAUAUCUUAAUUUUAAAUAUCGUACUUCAGAAGCUGGAUAAGGAGACUCUAAAACAGUAUGAGUUCAGUAUCAGUUCGAAUGACGUUCCUAAACUAGAUAAUUUGAUUUCAUUUUUGGAAAAGCGUUCUCAGAUUUUAGAAAACAUUAAUAAGACCACGUUCGUGAAACCAAGGUGUAGUCAAGAUAGAGUUAAACCGAAAAGCUUGUUUGUGAAAUGUAACAAUUCUAUGUCUCAUUGUAUUUUAUGUAAGCAAAAUCAUCCUGUUUACACUUGUGAUUCCUUUUUACGGCUUGAAGCCUCCCAAAGAAACGAUGUGGUGGCCAAAAACAACCUCUGUUUCAAUUGCUUAAGUGAUCGGCAUAAGUUAUCCAGUUGCAACUCUAAGAGCUGCUGUAAGAUAUGCCGAAAGCGACAUAAUACAUUACUGCAUCGAGAGAAACAAGCUAUGAUUGGUUCAAAUGUGCCAGUGGUCGACAGCAAACCGACUCCAAUCAAGCAGGACCUUAAUCCCGACGCAAUAGAGUUUCGUGAAGGUACUGCAGAGGCUACAUAUGCUGUUUCCAAAUCUGAAGAACCUGUACUAGACCUAAGUACAUCAUCACCUACUGCAAGCACCUCAUAUUCACAGAGUGCUCCAACAAAGAGAUUUGAAGAAAGCAGGCAUCGAAAUAAAAAGCAGAAAACUAGCCAUGUUGUUGAACUAUUACAACUUGUUCAAAGACAGCAUGAGGAAACGAGAGAGGUCGAUAACCAAAUAUUAACUUUAUUUAAAGAUCAAAAUAGCCUUUUUCGCCAGAGUUUAAAUUUACAAAAAGAAUUUAAUUGCUGCUCUUGUAAAUAA